AUGUCAGACCCUAUCCCAUCCGCAACAGCCGACCAUGAUGCCGCUGAUCAUAAAUCUGUAUCUAAUGCCGAAGAUCGCAAAGCAGCAGCAGCUCUCUCUUCCCUGAAUGUGAGCGAGAUUGCCACGGAAGGUGCCUCCGAUGGAGCACCAGAAACAGCCAACCAAGAAGCCUUGGGCAAAGCAAUGAGUCGCCUUGAUAUAGCCACCGGCGAAGGCUCGAUGACCAAAAAAGCGGGCGUGCAGAAGUCUGCAGGAGGUGGGGCAAAGCAAAAGGUCGUCAAAUUGGCUGCUGCUGAUAUUGCCUUGCUGGUGGAUCAGCUAGAUUUGACCAAGAUCAAAGCCAUGGAAUUGCUAAAGUUGCAUGAUGGUGAUACCUUGAAAGCAAUGAAAGCUUUUAUUGCCCCGACCUUCAAAGCAUGA